AAUUAUUUUUGUUUUUUAAAUUAAGGCAUCAUUCCAAUCCCGUCGGAACCGAGUGGAAAUGGAAAAUGGACAAUCCGGAACUAAUAUUCCAGGAAGCUUUGAAAAAUCAUUAUCGGAUGAUCAAAGAAUUUAAGGGUGUACCUGGUGUAAAGGAAGAGAGGUUUAAAGAAGGAAUGGAAGCUAAACAUUGUGCAUUAUCACUCGUUGGAGAACCCAUAAUGUAUCCGGAGAUAAACAAGUUUGUCCGACUUCUUCACGGUCGUGGAAUCUCUACCUUUCUCGUCACCAAUGCACAGUUUCCGGAUGCCAUAUCAAAAUUAGAUCCGGUGACCCAACUGUACGUUUCGGUAGACGCCGCCAGUAAAGACAGCUUGAAGAAAAUUGACCGUCCGCUAUUUAGAGACUUUUGGACAAGAUUUCUAGAUAGUCUAAAAGCUUUGUCUGACAAG